AUGUCGCCGGAGACGGAGGAGGAAGACCUAAAGCCAGAUGUUGUGGAGUGGGAAAUACAAACCGACGCGGAUCCGGAAACGCGGACGCGGGGCCUCGCCGGGCCGGGCCACCUGAGCCAACAUCAUCGCCAACAUCAUCGAUACAUCAUCGAUACCAUCAUCGAUAACAUCACCGAUAACAUCGAUAACAUCACCACCAACAUCAUCAACAUCACCACCAACAUCACCAAUACCAUCACUAAUACCAUCACCAAAACUAUCACCACCAACAUCACCAAUACCAUCACUAAUACCAUCACCAAAACUAUCACCACUAACAUCACCAAUACCAUCACCAACAUCAUCGAUAACAUCAUCGAUAACAUCACCACCAACAUCACCGAUAACAUCAACAACAUCACCGUUAACACCACCAACAUCACCACCAACACCAAUACCAUCACCACCAACAUCAUCACCACCAACAACAUCAAUACCAUCACCACCAUCACCAAUACCAUCACCACCAUCACGAGACACCACCAUCAACAACAACAUCACCACCAUCAACAACAACAUCACCACCAUCAACAACAACAUCACCACCAUCAUAGCCAUCACCAAUAUCGACACCAGCGCAAGCACCACCAUCAACGUUCACAACGUUUCACACCAUCACCCACAUCAUCAUCGCCGACACCAUCCCUGAACUUUUUAACAUCACCAAAAACGGAUCACCCAUCACCACCACCAUCACCACCAUCACCGAUAACAUCAACAACAUCACCACCAACAUCACCGAUAACAUCAACAACAUCACCGUUAACACCACCAACAUCAACACCAAUACCAUCAUCACCAACAUCACCAAUACUAUCACCACCAUCACCAAUACCAUCAUCACCAACAUCACCAAUACCAUCACCACCACCACCAUCACCACCAUCACGAGACACCACCAACAACAUCAUCACCAUCAAAGCCAUCACCAAUAUCGACACCAGCGCAAGCACCACCAUCAACACUCACAACGUUUCACACCAUCACCGACAUCAUCAUCGCCGACACCAUCCCUGA